AUGAGCAUUCAGAAGAUCCAGGCACGCAUGAUCGUCGACUCGCGUGGUAACCCCACGGUCGAGGUCGACCUCACCACGGAGAAGGGCUUGUUCCGUGCUGCUGUGCCCUCGGGUGCCUCGACAGGUGUCCACGAGGCCGUGGAGCUGCGCGACGGUGACAAGUCGAAGUGGGUUGGCAAGGGUGUCGACAAGGCUGUGGACAACGUGAACAACGUGAUUGCGACGGAGCUCAUUAAGUCGGGCAUUGCCGUGACCUCGCAGAAGGAGAUCGAUGACUUCCUGAUCAAGCUCGACGGUACCCAGAACAAGGGCAAGCUUGGUGCGAACGCCAUUCUUGGUGUCUCGAUCGCUGUGGCCAAGGCUGGUGCGGGCGAGAAGGACCUGCCGCUGUACAAGUACCUCUCGGACCUGUCUGGCACCAGCGCGCCGUACGUGCUCCCGGCUCCGGCCAUGAACGUGAUCAACGGUGGUGCCCACGCUGGCAACCCGCUGGCCUUCCAGGAGUUCAUGAUCGUCCCGACGGGCGCCAAGACCUUCACGGAGUCGAUGCAGAUCGGCACGGAGGUGUACCACACCCUGAAGAAGGUUAUCAAGGCGAAGUACGGCAUUGACGCUACCAACGUCGGUGACGAGGGUGGCUUUGCUCCCAACGUGCACUCGGCGGACGAGGCGCUCGACCUGCUUAUGGAGGCCAUCAAGACGGCUGGCUACGAGGGCCGCGUGAACAUCUCGCUGGAUGUGGCCAGCUCGGAGUUCUACAAGGACGGCAAGUACGACCUGGACUUCAAGAACCCCAACUCGGACUCGAGCAAGUGGGUGACCGGUGCUGAGCUUGCUGAGAUCUACAAGGGCUACAUCCAGAAGUACCCGAUCAUCUCGAUUGAGGACCCCUUCGACCAGGACGACUGGGAGGCGUGGACCAUUCUGCGCGAGUCGGCUGGCAUUACCAUCAUCGGUGAUGACCUGACGGUGACCAACCCGCUGCGUAUCAAGACGGCCAUUGAGAAGAAGGCCUGCAACGGUCUGCUGCUCAAGAUCAACCAGAUCGGUACCAUUUCGGAGUCGAUCCAGGCUGCCCAGCUCGCGCAGUCGGACAACUGGGGUGUUAUGGUCUCGCACCGCUCGGGUGAGACGGAGGACACUACCAUUGCCGACCUGGCUGUGGCUCUCAGCUCGGGUAUCAUCAAGACGGGUGCGCCCGCUCGCUCGGAGCGUGUGGCCAAGUACAACCAGCUGCUCCGUAUUGAGGCGCUCGAGUCGAGUGCCACGUACGCUGGCGUUGAUGGCUUUGUGCAGGGCGGUGCUGCCCCGAAGGUCAUCCGCAAGUAA